AAUCGCUUACUAUCAAAUAGGCGUGGGAGGGACACUGCAUUUGUUUCAAAAGUACAAAACACUAAACAUAUUUACAAGUAUAGGUAUACUAUUUUUAGCAUAAAAAUGUAAUUAAAACUUUAGUGAAACAAUGGCGAUUUAAUUGUAACAAUGGUAGUUUGUGAGUUAGAUAAGGAAGUGUCAGGUGAAAUACUGGGAUGGAAGCUACCAGCCUGGCAGGCGCUUCUAUUGCAUCGAGUGUUACCAUCAUUUGGCGGCCUAAUUAUUUACCUAGUCAUUAUUUGUUUCGAUUUGGCCCUAGUUGUUCAACACUACCAGUCUGGUAAUAGAGUGUUAGCAGGAUUCUGUUUCAUACUAAUAUAUUUACCAGCUAUAAUAUCUCUCGUGUUCUCAUUGGCCUCACCACCUCCAACACUACAACCGGAAGGCGCAACAUUCAAAAUAUCGAUUCAAAAAUCUGAUUUAAAAUGGAUUUUUACACAAAUUGCAAACGCCAUAUUUUUUCCAGUGGCAGCCAUAAGGAGAUACAGCUAUUUAAUAUUUUGGUGGAUUGAAGCAGUGUAUGCAUCUCGUUCAGAUAAUGAGGAACGCACGAGGGACGCUCUCAUGCGAGCACGCACACCAUCGCCCAUAGAACUCUAUUUAUUCCUUCAGGCGUUUAUCCAUUCUGCACCUCACGCUGUUAUGAAUAUAGUGGAUAUGAUGGCAAAUUUUUCUAACCCUAUAUAUGAUACUAUGCAGCUUCAGGCAGUCACAUUAGUAGCGUCCUCAUUACGUAUGGCAAGUACUGCAACGGUAUAUAGAAGAUUUGAGAGAGAGAAAAUUUGCGGCCGACGAUAUCCAUGGAACAUAAACAUAAUUGAUGACAACAACGCUACAAAUAACAAAGACGAUCAGAGUAAUUUAAAAGAAGAACCUAUAUACGAAACGAUUUCUCAAAGAAAACUGUACAUGCCAUCAUUAUCACUACAAAAACCAAGAGGUGAAGUCAUUAGCGAUAUGAUCCAAUUUUCCCCAAGACAGUCUGAGAGAACAACCGCCUAUGAGGAUGAUUUAUAUUACGAUGUAUCAGAUACGAGUUCCGAUUACAUGUCUCCGGCUGCAGAUAAACGGUACGACAGCGAUGACGAAUACAUUCGACCUGUUUCCAUCAUAGACAGAGUUGCACCUCGUAGGUCUGAUGCGUAUAAAGUAGAAAAUGUCGAUAUAACGCCGCCACCAGUAACUCCGGCUCCAAGAAUAGCUUCAAUAGCAUUUUGGGCAGAGAAGCUAGUUGAAAACGCGGAAAAUUUACCAAUAUGGCUGUCCGCUCCGCCACGUAGAAGGCACUGGGAUCUUCAGACAGAAGCUGAUCUUCCGUUGCCGCGUCAUAUUCCCAGUUCGCGCAUUCGUGGCUUAGAACCCCCUGAUGUGUCAGCUUCCUUUAUCCAUUUUUUGGGAUGGUACGGCUUUUUUAUAUCGCGAUUGCUCUCUUUAGCCGCUUUCAUUAACUUGUCGUCUUAUUUCUCGAUAAUAGUUUUAUUCAUACAUUACCAAAUCAUGUUACUAUUUUUAAUCGUGCCUAAGGCGCCGACAGUUCGUAGGGGUUUCUAUAUAUUCCUUGCAUUUAUUUAUUUAUUUUGCCUAAUGGAGUUUAAAGUUCGGUUUCGUCACGUCCGAGUGUGGCAUUUAUUUUGGUUUCUCGUGUGCACGGCUGAGAUUGUGAUAUUCAUUUCCCUUUGGGCCACUAUAAAUAAUCCAUUACACUUUUGGUGGAAAAAUUUCGUCGUUCUUGUGACAUUAUGUAGUAUGGCGUUCAGCUAUUUAUUAUUUUUAAUCUAUUUUGUUAUGUUACAGCCUAGGGAAAUAGUUGUAAAUAUUAAUCCAAAUAAAAAUUGUAAAUAAAUUGAAUUGUUUUUUUAUU